UACGGCAUCAGUUUACUUUGAAACCUCAUCGAGAAAUGACUCCAUAUAUAUUAUUUCUUUUGCUGUGCAGCUUUGCAAAUGCUCAACAGACGUACAAAUUUCAGCUGCAACGUGCGCAAAAUCAAAACUACUUACGUGAGUCAUAUCCCUGGGUGGUUGCUGUGCUGGAUCAACGGUAUUGGUUAACUCGAUACAUAGGAGUAGGUUCCCUGAUCAGACCCAAUGUGGUCCUCACAGCCUGCCGUAUCCUAAACGAAACAACCGAAUAUGAUUUACUAGUGCGCGCUGGCGGAGGGAAUAUUUCCACAACAACGGAUCAGCGACAUGUAGAUCUUGAGGUCUUGAAGAUUGUCCGUCAUGAGGGGUUUAGCCCGUACACCGCUGUAAACAAUAUAGCCAUGCUUAUUCUAAAAUCAGCAUUUACGAUGACAGAUAAUAUCCAGAUGAUUCAGUUGAAUCUAUCGCCGGAAGUUAUAUAUAACGGAUAUUCCUGUUUCUUCAACGGCUGGGGCAAAGCUGAAUGGAAUUCUGAUGACUAUCCCGAUGUUAUUAAGAAGAUACAAAUUGUACGAUUAAGUGAUGAUGUAUGUAAGAUUCGACUUAAUAGGGAAUUGCCAAUCGGUCAAUUUUGUGGCGAUGGCUUUGAGGGAAAGGAUUGCAAUGGUGAUGGUGGUGCUCCCUUGGUUUGUCAAACUUUUACAUAUUCACCUUCCUAUGUCCAAGUGGGCAUUGUCAACUGGGGAACUCGCAAGCCCGGUGAUAAAAGACCCAUCAUCUUUACGGAUGUGCUAAAACUGUCCAAAUGGAUUAAUUCUACAUUGAAUUUGUCAGCAAAUUUCCAAUCCAAUGAUAAUUAUAAAUAAAAGAAGUAAAUAAGUUUUUAAAUGUUAGUAAAUCAAUAAAAUCUGAAACGUAAAAUAA